AUGCUGCAGUGCCGGCCAGCCCAGGAGUUCAGCUUCGGCCCCCGGGCCCUGAAGGACGCGCUGCUGUCCACCGACCCAGCCCUGCGGCAGCUCUACACGUCCACCUUCUCCCCAGCCGAGCGGCUCUUCCUGGCUGAGGCCUACAACCCCCGGAGGACGUUCUUCCGCACGCUGCUCAUCCGCACGGGCUUCGACUGGCUCCUCAGCCGCCCUGAGGCUCCCGAGGACUUCGAGACCUUCCACGCUGCCCUGGCGCCCCGGAAGCAGAGCCUGGCUCGGAAGCACAUUUACCUGCAGCCCAUAGAUCUGAGCGAGGGGCCGGCAGGCGGCGCGCUUCUGGACCACCUGCGGAGCUGCACAGAGGCCUUCUUCGUGGGCCUGCAGGUCAGGUGUCUGCCAUCGGUGGCGGCCACGUCCAUCCACUGCUCAUCACGCCCCAGUCAGGACUCUGACAGGCUGCAGCUCCACACAGACGGCAUCCUGUCUUUCCUGAAGAGCAGCAAGCCGGGUGAUGCGUUAUGCGUGCUGGGCCUCACGCUGUCCGACCUGUACCCCCGCGAGGCCUGGACCUUCACCUUCGGCACGUUCCUCCCGGGGCAUGAAGUGGGCGUCUGCAGCUUUGCGCGCUUCUCGGGAGAAUCCCUGCAGCAGGGGCCCAGCACCCCUGACCUGGCCCCCGAGGCACCCCUGCAGGACAGAGGCCGGGCCGUGUGCUUCAGCGCCCUGGGGAUGGUCCAGUGCUGCAAGGUCACGUGCCACGAGCUCUGCCACCUCCUGGGCCUGGGGAACUGCCGCUGGCUCCGCUGCCUCAUGCAGGGCGCCCUCAGCCUGGACGAGGCCCUGCGGCGGCCCCCGGACCUCUGCCCCGUCUGCCUUCGGAAGCUGCAGCACAUCCUGGGCUUCAAGCUUGUGGACAGGUACAAGAGACUGUACACCUGGACGCUAGCGGCGGCGGGGACGCGGCCUGGGCCGGCGGCUGGGGAGCCGUCCGUGUCGGAGGACACCCUGCCCUGCAGCGCGGACUCGGGCCUGUGCGGCGAGAGCGACUCGGAGCCGGGCAGCGGCCUGUCGGAGCCCCUGUCCCCGGACGCCUGGAGCCACGCCUUCCCCGCGGGCCCGGAGCUGGAGCCCGAGGAUGGUCUGGGCUCCCUGGCGGCCGCGGAGAGUCCGGGGGAGGCCUUGGCGGAGCACGGGCGCUGGCUGGCGGCCUGCAUCCAGGCCCUGGAGAGGGACGUGACCGAGGAGGAGCUGGCGCGGGUGGACGGCGCCGUGGACGCCCUGGCCCGCUGGGACCUGUUCACGGGGCGGCUCCCGGCCCCCCGGCAGGACCCGCCCUGCGGCCGAGACGGCGCGGGGCUGCGCCGAGUCCUGGGCGACAAGUUCUCCUCCCUCAGGCGGAAGCUGAGCGCUCGCAAACCGUCCAGGGCUGAGGCGUCCCCGCGGCGCUGGAAGGCGGAGGACAAUUAG